GGAUGACACUCCGCGAUUUCAUUCAAAUCGCACCUAAUCGCGUUAAAUUCUUGCGUCAUUGCUCAUCGUGGUCGUUUUUCGCCUCAUCGCGCCAAAUCGCGCCAGAUCGCGCACAUCGUGCUCAUCGUGCAUAGAUCGUGCUCGAAUGAAAAUUUGCAUUCAUGCAGUCAGAGUUGCCAUUCAAUAUUCAUUCAAGCAGUUUUCCAUGAAACUGGCCGCACUGUUGAAAUGUUUAUUUUUAUUGAUUCGAGCAGUCCGAAAAGGUAAAUAAACAAGAUUUCUUCGAUAUUUCGGGACGGAUUGCGGGAGUUCCAUGAAACUGGAUUGUUAAGGCGUUCAGACGGAACUUUUCCCCCUGCGAGGACCUGGACCCAGCAUGUUUCGGAUUUAUAAAUUGUUUCCUUUCGUUUCGACAGGACUUAGAUUAGCAGGGGAGCGAUGGAGAUAGCGCUUCGACGGCCGCUUCUAGCGACGUUGGUUUACGGGUCGCAGCCCAACCGGAACAGCAUGGCAACGUUGUCGGCCGCGGCGCCGAAUUAUUGUGACAUUCGGUUGGACAUUAGCGGCAGAACGGAACGGAAGGUUCGACCAUCAGCUUCCAUCGUCGACACGGGCGCUGUGUCUACUAGAUGUCCUACGGGAAUCUACCGUUCAGAAUGAUAAGUUCCAGCUUCCUGAAGGGUCGCUCAACAUCAAGAAGGGGACGGCUACGGAGUUGAGUCCAAUCAUCGGCGAUUUGAACCCGUGGGGAUCGUUCACGCAAGUUCGCUGUCUGAGCUGCAAUCCGGCGGUAGAUUCUUCUCAUUAUGGACACUGUUUUCGCAACUUACGAACAAAUGGCCCCAAUUUAUCGGCAUGGACCAGUACGACUAGCACGAGCUGCUGCAGCACCUGCUGGAAAGUGUACGCAAAGAGGAUUUGAUACGUUACCAGCUGGCCAUCGUACUCUCGCUUGGGUACGGAAAGCGCCCGAAAACGGUUGAGGACAGGAUGGAAAAAAUAUCAAGUUCUUCGACACGCAUCCGACCGCAUGCUCGAUCCCGAACCGGUGUUCCGUGGCCUCCUCGUGUCCACCAUAACCUGCCAGGACUGCUGUCACAUUUUGGUGCGGCACGAGUCCUUCCUGGAUUUGUCACUCCCGAUCAACUUGGAAAAACCGCAACCCCCCAUCCGUCGGAAAGGCAGCCCUGAAUCGGAUUACGGCAACAGUGCGUCUGCUUCCAGCGAAGCCACCCAAAAACCACUGAGCAGCCGCAACAACAACUGCACCGCCACCGCAGCAGGUGGCGUUCCGGAAAGUGACGAAAAAGGCGCUGUCGAAUCGGACAAGGACGACGACGGCAUGUUGGACACGGACGUCGAGGUCGAUCUGACCGAAGAUUGGCAGUCGAAAAAGAUCGUGACUCAGAAUAGCAAUCAGUCGUCGGGCGGCCGGAAAAGCUUGACGAUGCGCCGGAAAAUCCGAGCAAAGAGGUUGAAUCGAAUAUGGUGUGUGAGUUGGGUCUGAGUGCCGAGGGCGUGGCCAAUAUGAUGGAUAGAUGAGCAUCGAGCAGCAGAAAGCGAAGGCCAAGGAACGACGUAAACGGACCGUGAGUCAUGCCGAUUGGGGCAAAACGCUGGUACCGCGAUACCAGUGCGAAGACGAGUUGAUGGUCGGGAACAGCAAGGUGUGCUGCGACGCGUGCACCGAGCGGAUCAACAGCAGGCUGUACAAGUGCGUCUAGGUGGUGCUGGUUGCCUUUUGUGUUCGUUCGCGCUAGCACAAAGUGUCCAAGGGCGUAAGCUGCCCUGAGUGACGAAUAAGCCGUAAAAGAUGAGUUGAGCGUCAAAUUCGAGCCAGAUUUCGCGGCAGUCUUUGAGAAAGGGAGAUGGUCGCAGGGAAAGCUUUGAAGGUGUUGACCCGCAGCGUUAGAAUCAGAAAUUUGUUGUCUAGAUCGUCGAGUUGGUUUACAGCGAACGUUACGUGGUUUGCAACGGCGUACUGGUAGAAGGAGCAUUGGAUUUGUUUUAUUGUUUAAUCUAUGUAAAAAACUCUUAAUUGCUUAAAUAAAUUUUUUUUAACUUUGGUAAAUUUAACGCGAAGCCUGAAUACGACUACAAUUACACGCUUAACUGCUUCUUCAAGUUUCUACUGAAUGCGCGUCUUCUGCUCCGAGCUGGUGUCUUUCUGAGCUGGUCAAACGGCGUUUCUGGUUGUAUCAGAAGUGCAUCCGUUUCCACUGGCUCGACAGCGGCAAUUCAUGGUCGAUCACUUGUGCAAGUUCGCGCAGAUUACCUCGUCAAUUCACUCGACCCUCUCGUAGUUCUAGAUUGUAUCGAGCGUCUCGAACGACUCCGCUGCUGAAGCCUGUCCAGCGAGAUCAGACGGUUCAAGUCGAAUGUCAUCAGCUGGCCAGCCGCGGCCGCUUCCUGCCGAAAACACACUGGUCGGCGUGUGCCUGGUCAUCGUUGAUCGGCGACGACGUUCCUGACGUCAACAGUCAUCCUCUGGAGCGACAUGAUCUCCUAGUUGUCAUUGUUGGACAUCUGCAAAUGCACGUCCGAACCGUCCUUCAUGUACUGGUCGUGCUCCAUUCUUGUGCUGAAUGAUGUUGGACACGUGCUGGUGCACCUGGACAAACUCGGAUGUGGGCAGUAGGUCCGACCGGAUAUCGUGCAUGACCUCGCAGAAGAUUCACGACAGGUCGACCAGUUUGGCGUCUGAAAAGUGUGCAAACAAGAAGAGAGCGAGAAUGUUAGUUACGGCUGUCGAGUGGAGCCGUGCUCGCGGCGACAGAGCACGGGUGAGUCCUCACUGUUGGGCAAUCUUUUACCACUGUGCGGUAGCGACGACGGUCCGUCCGGAUGGGUAGCUGAGCGGCUGCUUUUCUGACGGGGGCUUGGGCGGGUCCACCAUACAUAGUUGCUUAAUCCGCUGCAGGACCGUCUGGUUGCAAAGCUUAUUCCGAACCAGCUGGUAGAACUGGUUCUCGUGCUCGGAGCUGGUGCUGCUGUUGCACCAGCCGUGGCCGCCUUUACAGCUCCAACCGGUACUGCCGGACCACUGUUGUUAUUGAUACUGGUCGUAGUCGUGGUGUGGCCUCCAUCUCUACCUGCUACCAACCGGGUUGCUACUUUCGGUACUACUUUCAUUGUUAAGUCCACCGGAAACACUGCUGCUCGUGGCCGCCGGUGAUUUCAUCGGCCGGCUUAUGGUUGUGCGACCGGUUGGCUGAAUAGAUUGUUCAUUUUCUGGAUGGCGUUCGGCGAUGUUGGACGAGGACGACGUGGGAACCAUAUUGUAGGCCGCUGCCACUUCCGUAGACUUGUUCGCCGCGACCGUAAAACUUUUGCCAGUGGUGUUGUUGUUGGAGGUGUUUCGGACUCGAUUCCCGCCCACCCGGGCUCAGAUUCGAAAGCGUCCAUUGAAGGACCUGCACGUUGUGUUCGGACGUUGGAAUCAUAGACUAAAAUAUAUACCAAAAUCAGCGCACUGAAAGUCCACAAAACUUACCUACUUGCGAGUCCAGAGGCGAUAGGAGAUGCUUUGUUUAGUCGCAGAAGCGACUGGAACCGGCUGUGGGUGCUGCUACGGCGAAGGUUGUGGAGCCGUUUUGGGCGGCGGAACAUUCCCAACAUUCACAAUUUUGGCCAUCAACGUUGCGAGCCUCAAACCGAACUCGUCUCUGCAGGGUGGUCCUCGUCAUCUGUCGGCAAAUCCCACUACGCGUGACACCAACGCUGAAUUCGCCACUGCAAAAGGGGGCUACGGUUGCUUCACAACCCGUCAAGUACGAGACGGAUCAUGCACACAUGCUUCUCCACAGCCUCUAUCGACGCCCGGCGCUAUUCCCGUUCCCGGCAGCGCUGGUAAAUCUAGCGCGACCAUUGGCCGCAGGGUUGCCACGAGAGCGCGACCAGGUGCCACGUCCUCCACCACCGCGAAUGUUUGGGUAAGAACGGGAAUGAUUGCACUGUUGUGAGCGAUCUCGGACACGGAAUACGACCGUCUAGGUUGCCUGAUUCGUGCAACUUCGCCAUCCAAUUCUUGAUGGCCUUGGAAACGCACACAAGCUGGUUCUUCUAGAUCCUUUCUCGGAAACGAACAAAAAGUAGGACCCGGAAUCAAAGCGGCAAAUUUCGGACCACGUUUUUUAUUUUGUUUGUUUAUAUUCUGCUGCUCGAAUGUGAUGACAGCAAAAAAAUUACAUUCCGUGGCUGUCAUUCCCAUUCGAGCAGUUUGACAGCUCACAUCGUGAGAUUUUUUUGCAUCGCACUCUCAUCGUAUUCAAAUCGCGCACAUCGCACCAGAUCGCGCUCAUCGCGCCAAAUCGCGGCUAAUCGAAGAAAAUCGUGUCCAUCGUAGCUAAAUCGUGAGCUCAUCGCGGGAGUGUCAUCC